UUCUGGAGUUCCGGGGCCAAAGCGCAGUCACGUGGCGGCGCAUAGAGGGCUGUAGUGCUGAUGCUAAGUUCGCUACUCCACGUGGGAUCAGGUGUUGUUCGGCUGGUGCUCAGUACUCUGCUCCGUAACUUUAGGCUGUUAAAAUGGAGACUCCAGUCCACGAUGUUCUCAAGGACACUGCUGAGCUGUGGUCUUCGCAUGAGAAGAUGCUGAUGCAGCCCCUGAAAGACAGCGAUGCUGAGGUCUACAACAUCAUUAAGAAGGAGAGCAAUCGGCAGAGAGUGGGACUGGAGCUCAUUGCUUCUGAAAACUUCGCCAGCCGGGCUGUGCUGGAGGCCCUUGGCUCCUGCCUGAAUAACAAAUACUCUGAGGGCUACCCCGGCCAGAGGUACUAUGGAGGGACCGAGUUUGUCGAUGAACUGGAGGUGCUGUGUCAGAAGCGAGCUUUGGAGCUCUAUGGCCUGGACCCUGAAAAGUGGGGUGUCAAUGUUCAGCCCUACUCAGGCUCACCUGCCAACUUCGCUAUUUAUACUGCCUUGGUGGAGCCCCACGGCCGCAUCAUGGGCCUGGACCUGCCGGAUGGCGGUCACCUGACUCACGGCUUCAUGACCUCCAAGAAGAGAGUCUCUGCCACAUCCAUCUUCUUUGAGUCCAUGCCCUAUAAGGUGAACCCAGAGACUGGCUACAUCGACUACGACAUGCUGGAGGAGCUUGCCCACCUCUUCCAUCCCAAACUCAUCAUCGCAGGAACCAGCUGCUACUCCCGAAACCUGGACUAUGCGCGCCUGCGCAAGAUCGCCGACGACAACUCAGCUUACCUCAUGGCUGACAUGGCACACAUCAGCGGGCUGGUAGCUGCUGGUGUGGUGCCAUCUCCCUUUGGGCACUGCCAUGUCGUGUCCACCACCACCCACAAGACACUUAGGGGCUGCCGCUCGGGCAUGAUCUUCUACAGAAGAGGAGUGCGCAGUGUGGACCCCAGGACUGGCAAAGAGAUCCAUUAUAACCUGGAACCCCUCAUCAACUCAGCUGUGUUCCCAGGCCUGCAGGGUGGGCCCCACAACCAUGCCAUCGCAGGGGUUGCCGUGGCACUGAAGCAAGCUAUGACUCCUGAAUUCAAGCUUUACCAGACCCAAGUGGUGGCCAACUGCAAAGCUCUGGCCAAGAGCCUGAUGGAGCUGGGCUACAAAGUAGUGACAGGUGGUUCUGACAACCAUUUGAUCCUCGUGGAUCUGCGCUCCAAAGGCACAGACGGUAGCAAGGCUGAAAAGGUGCUAGAGGCUUGCUCUGUUGCCUGCAACAAGAACACCUGCCCAGGUGACAAAAGUGCCCUGCAUCCCAGUGGACUUCGCCUGGGGACCCCAGCACUGACAUCCCGAGGACUUCUGGAAAAAGACUUCCAGAAAGUGGCCCAGUUUAUCCACCGAGGGAUAGAGCUGACCCUGCAGAUUCAGAAUGACUUGGGUGACAAAACCACGCUGAAGGAGUUCAAGGAGAAGCUACAAGGGGAGAAGUACCAACAGGCCAUUGCAGCUCUCAAGGAAGAAGUGGAGAGUUUCGCGUCCCUCUUCCCCCUGCCCGGCCUGCCUGACUUUUAAGGAGUCCAGUGGCUGUAGCUGCCCCAAGGUCACAUGGUUGGAUGCCAGGAACCUCUCGCUCCCCCCAAGGCAGGGCUUCCACAGGGUGACUUCUCUGCCAUUCCAAGGGUGGGGGUUCUCUUUGGGUCUUUCCCAUCUUAUCUUUUUCACAAAUCAAAAAUGUAUAUAAGACCCACUGUUAGUAAUUCUGGGACCAUUUCCAAAGGA